CCUGUCAACAAACAGUAGCAUCCACUGCUCGUUCGAAAAUGACUGGAAUACUUCAGCUGUUGUUACUGGUCAGCGCGACAGUGGCUUCCGAGCCAUCGUGUCCAGCAUGCUCCAAAUAUGACUACGAGGAAAAGGUGCUCGAGAGAAUGAUCCGCAUGGAGUUCGCUUUUGAAAAAGUGUUGAAGGAAAAUAAGGAUGUUAGCAAAACUGUUGAGCAAGAUCUAACGCGGAUCAAGGUAGAAAACGAACGUUUACACGCGACCGUUGAUGCCCUAAAGAAUCAACAAGAGCAAGCAGAACGCAGACUGGUUUCGCUCAUGGAGGAAGUUGAAAGAAACCAGUCCAGCACACUGGUGAAGAUAGUUUCCGAUUCAAACACUACGUUAGAAAAAACCAUUGCCGCCUUCAAUGAUAUAAAAGACCAAAUCGCUAUUCCACUGGUGUACUUCCACGCCCGAUCUCCACAGACCAGCAGCCUGUCCACAGGUGAGGUGAUCAUGUACACGACAGUGGAGACAAACCAGGGCUCUGGCUACAACUCCACCACGGGCAAGUUCACCGCUCAAGUACGGGGACUGUACAUUUUCUUCAUGCACACAUGUACACAUGUAAGCAACCAUGCUUUUCUCCAGAUAGUUAAGGAAGGCUCAAUCCUCAUUGGAACUUCACUUUAUGACAAUUCCUAUUAUACCUGUUCAAGUAGUCAGGCGUUUGUUCAGCUUGAUGCAGGGGAAACUGUCUGGGUACAAUGCUUCAAUGGAGGCUCGAGCAGACGUCUGUAUGAUGAUUCCAAGUAUUGGACAAGUUUUGGUGGUGCACUCAUUCACAACUGACAUGCUAAGGUCAUUUUUAUAAAAAGCCAAAAGGCAAAACUCAUACAAGGGAAAUAAAUUAAAUUUCGCAGUGAUUAAUUGCCUAUUUUAGAAAUAAAGUAUUGGCAAUACGUGUAUUUAUAUCCCUACUUAAACAGUGUAAGAUAUCGCCUGUGGAACCCGUCUUUAAGCUGUGUCAUGUUAUUUAAUAAAUGUUUUAUAUCGUCUGUGUAUAUAAUGGAAAAUCAUGCUAACUUGUAAUUCCAUUUAUAAUAAACCUUACUAUUUAUUCUUUUAUAUUGUAUAUUUUUAAUUUGAAUUAAAACUACCGCUAUUU